CGUCAGUCAAAGUACUGUCCUCUGUGAUUUUUCAAGAAAAAUUCAACAUUUAGUGAUCAGUCGUGUUUUAUUCUUUCGUUUUACGUUCGACUAACAAGUCGAAGUUAAUUUUCGACAAACCUGUUCUAUCAAAUCGCCAAGACGAAGCUUAAAAUGCCAUUGGGCAAUCACGCUGCCCUUACACCCCUGGAGGACAUGUCAGCUGGUCGAGGACAAGCAGGUGGGGGGCCUCCUCCGAGUUGUCAGAAAAUUUUUAUACAACGUGACUAUAGUGAAGGCACUGUUGUUAAGUUUCAAACGCAAUUUCCUCCGGAAUUGGAGAGCAGACUGGACAGACAGUCGUUCGAGUAUACAAUCAAUCAGUUGAACAACUACUUCGCAGAAGCUGAACGUGCCAGUUGUUCUACAUACUGCGAAGGUUGCCUGGCAUGCCUCACUGGUUAUCUAAUUUAUAUAUGCACAGAGACUCAUUAUGAAAAGUGUUUAAGAAAAGUGGCAAAGUUUGUUUGUGAACAAAAUGACAGAGUCUAUAAACCACGUGGUCUGUUAUUAACAGAUCCAGCAAUGCGUGGUCUUAGGCUAAUAGAAAUUUCAAUACUGGAUAGACCUGCAUCGUGACUGCACAUUAGCCGAUCCAGGGAAUUCUUUAUGUGAUCCACGCACUUCUGCCACUUUGCUAGGAUUGCAAAACCUAUAUGAGCUGAUGAGUGUCUCUGGACAUAAAUUUUGUUCAAUCUCUGAUCCUAUUUUACAAUUUAGUUUGUGUAAUAUGAAUUUUAUAGAGAUUCACAGAGUAAAACAAGAAAACGGUUUACAGUGAAUAGCUGUGUAAACAUACAUGCAAUGGUCUCUUUAUUAAAUAUUAAGAAUAAAAAUUGACUUAUUUGAUAUAAUAUAUUUGGGAAAGGAUCAGCGAAUUUUCUUCUUAAUAAUCUUUUUUAUUCCAUAUGGUGGAAUCAUAAGAAAUUUCAUUUACAAUUUUUAAUCGUGAAAUAAUGAUAUAAAAAAAAAUGUACACUUUCACAAAAUUUGCCUGCAAAUAAGAACACGAUUAUUUUUUCUUUGCAUGUAUGUUUUUUGAUCAAUUAAAACUAUAUUGUAUCUAUAUUGUCCACGUACUGAGUUCGGACAAAUCGUGGACGCGUACCAACGCCAUGUUUUAUAUAAGUUCAAUUUUCUAAUGCAUAUAAGUAUACCAGUGUAAACGAUCGAUAAGAAGAAUCUGAGCGCGUAUUAUUAUCGAGAACAACUACACGUUUUAUCCAUUAAAAAUGGAAAUUAGAAACUUUAUAUAUAUAUAUAUAUAAAUUUUAUACAAACUCAGGUUCUUUUGUACAUCGAGUAAACGUUUAAAAAAGUUUUUUACCGUUCGUUUAAAGACUUUAUCGUCAUCUGCAUUUAAUAGACGACAUAUGUGAGUCAAAUUGGAGUUCCAUUUCCGAUUAAAUAUUAUCGGAAUUUUUAAUUUGGUCUCGAAUUUGAUUCAUCAUCAUCGUCAAGUACUGAAAAACAUUUAUUCGCGUCAAUAUAAGUUUCGAACGCUUCGUUGAACUUCGUUAAGCUUAAACUAUUCUCCGCGUUGUAUCUUCCACGAUGCUUCUGUUCCACAACCAUAUCUCAUGAAUUUGAUUCAUAUUAUACCUAUGAAUACACAUCGUCACGAUCCCCAGGGAGAUUUACUUGCCGUGUUGGAACACCUCAUUGGAACAAUUGAUCAAUCGAAUUAAUUAAAUGGAAAUUUACUGGCACAAAGUAUUUACGUUGAGAAAUCUCCGUUGGAUUGGCUAAAGGAAAAAAAUUAUACAAAAAAAAAAAAACGGAAAGAAAAGGAAAAAAGAGGAAGAGAAAAAAAAAAGAAGAAGAGAAUAAGGAUUUAAAGAAUUAUUAAAGAGGUGAUUAUUAAAAUGUAGAUUAUAUUGUAUUAUGAAUCAAUGUGACGGUGCGAGAACAUUGUGAUCAAGGAUGAAACGUGUGUGUUCAUGCACCUUUUCGAUGUAUAGGUGCUAGUUUUGUACAUAAUUAUAUUACAUCGUAUGCGUGAUCCUUUUUAUUUUAUAUUUUUCUACGAACCGCGUGAGACUUAAAGAAUUUUCUUCUCAAAUAUAUUCUUUGCAACCGUGUGCUUGAUUUUCUCAUGGAUCAUUUUCCAUUUGUAUAUUCGUUUUAAGGGAACGAUAUUGAUCUCAAUCGACAAGCCACGAAACUUUUCUUCUUUACGACGUUGAUUACGAAUGAUAUCUUUCUUUCUCUUUUCUUUUCUUUUCUUUUCUUUUUUUUUUUUUUUUUUUCACGUCAGAUGUUUCAACAAUUGUGUAUGAAUGCCAAGAUAUAUUUAUCUGCGUGACAAAGAGAGGAAAGAUUCAUUUUUUACUACGUCUAAGGUAAUUCGGUUUUGUCCUUGAUCACGAUGAUCAUAAAUGGAGCCUGCUCUACAUUAUUGUACGACAAAGUGAAAGAGUCUUGCCAAAUAGCCGCGCCACUGCCUCGACAUUUACUUUUGUUUGUGUUUUAUUAAGUGAACGAAUGGAGAUUGAAAAUUUCAAUUUCAACACAUUUUCCUCUCUUGAAAAAAAAAAAAAAAUAAAUAAAAAAGAAAAAGAUAAUUGUCGAACAGUGUCGUAGUGUUACGUGUGUCAGGCUCCUCUUUCUUUCUUUUUUCUUAUGCAAUCGAAUAUUGCAUAAUAUUGUAAAUAGAGAAUUAAUCGUCAACACACGGAAUAUCGAAAGAAGAACGAUGAAGAGAUAAAAGAAACCGUUUAUUAUACUUAAUUUAAUUGUAGGACCAAAAAACGUUUGAUGAUUCGUUACUGUGUAAAGGACACCGUCGUUCGAGUGUAAUUUCUAAAUGUUUUAAUAAUAAAAAGCUGCGUAAAAAAUCACGGAGCUAAAGGACUACUCUUCGAAAUUGAAUAAAGGUGAUUUUAAUCUAAUUUUAUGUUGUUGUGGGUCAUCAGUGAAUCGAAAUAAUAUAAUUGAAAAUAAAAUUUUUCAACUACUGUUGGCCCACAAUAAUCGUUGAUUCAAAGAUGAAAAUUCUUUUGUGAAUCAUUGAUGAUCUAUUACAAUUGCAGUCUUCGAAGAUGAAAUUUUCUUCAUGGAUCAUUAGUGAACCAUAAUAGUGAACGAAAAUGCAAAUUAUUUCAUGGAUUAUCGGUAAUCUAUGAUAUGAAAUUCAUCAAAGGAAAAUGAAAAUUGGAUCACUAGUGAAUCGUUUAUGAAAAUGGACAUUUUUUUGUGAGUGUUAUUGACGAUCUAUGAUAGUCACCGAAGAUUAAAAAUGCAAAUUGAAAUUGAAAAAAAAAAAAAAAAAAGUGAAAUUUUUAUUCAUCAGAAAGUGUGAAUGUUAAGUAUGAAUGUUAUAAAUUUAAUAAUACUCCUAUUUUAUUAGAAUUUAAUAUAUUUGUUUUGUAAUUUAAUUUUUU